AUGGGGAACUGUAUUAGCGAAGAUGCACAGAAAGGCCAUAAAGACUUUCUCAAGAACGUGAAAUCUGAUCCCGAAAAGCAAGUGACUUCAUUUCGAGUUUAUCUACACAGAAGGAACAAGUUCAUCCACGCCUGGUUGCGAGUUUCUGCCGAUGAUGUUAUACUGGAACGGUCGAAAGCGGAUGUUGUAGUGUGGCCUUUACAAUUCCUUCGUCGUUAUGGAUAUACAUCUGCAGGUGUGUUUUUUUUCGAAAGUGGUCGACGAUGUCCCACAGGAGAGGGUUUACAUACAUUCCAAAGCCAAAAUGCUGACGCCAUAUUUCAAGUAAGAAAGCCUUUUUUCUCCGGAUUUCGAUGUACCGUUGUUCUUGACUAUUGUCACCAAAUGUUUCUUGUUGUUCAAAAUAAGUUCGAUAUCCCGAGGAAUUCAGUUACUAACGGCUCUUGUCCAUCGGUUGUCAUUCAUUACGCAUUACGUGUCCUGCCGAGCUUGUCUUCCACUGUUUCGCGUACAGAAUGGCAUCUUUGA